AUGUACUCUUGCGCCAAUUAUCCUCGCGGCUGCCGUGGCCGCGUCAACAUCCAGGGAGGCAAAUGUCCCGACUGCGUGCAAUUGAAACUCCGUCGACCAACAUCCCUGUCACCUUUUGCUCAGCCUAGAGAUUAUCGGCGGGUAUUGCCCUCGGAGGUCUUAAAUGAUUCGCCGUACAAGGCGAUCGCUCUCGAUCUUUGA